AACAAAGACGUCGCAAGGUGGGUUACAUACUCGACCACAUGUGCAUCCCUCGCAAAGGUCGCACGCUGGAAUGCUGGCUCCACAAAUCUCUGCAAAUGGCUCCGUGCAUGAUAAAUUCGCGAUAUAACGUAGUACAGUAUUUCCCGUAUUUAGUCAGUGAUUACAACAUUAAGGGUGUAAUGGACGUGGAGUGGUCAAGGUGCAUGUGGAAACUAAAUCAAGCUCUUGGAGGAAUAAGACGCAAUUACAAAGCGAUAGUUUUUAUAAAUGAGAAAUAUAUUGGCACCGAAGAAGACUUUCAAGUGUACUUGGCAUUUAACUUUUUGUUUACCAGAUUAGUACCAAAGACUUGCGGUUAUUUUAAACGGCUAUGCUUGGACCCCAGCGAUGGCUACCUAAACACGCCGGUGCACAGAAUUUCAUUCAACAGCGGUUUCAUACAAGCCGGACGCAAAACGAACCAAGGAGAUUUUUUCAAAAAAGAAAACUUCAAGCUUAAGCACGAUAGAAGGGGCGUUAUAUCGUUGGCCGGCCGGCAGACGUCCUACAAUGGUCCGGAAUUUGUAAUAAGCCUACAGUCAAACCCUUGGAUGGACGGAAAAUAUGUGGCGUUCGGGUGCGCUGUGGAAGGCGAAAAGACCCUUCGGGCUCUAGAAAGGUGGCCGGCCAUUCACGAGGUGCCCGUCCAAUCGAUUUCCAUAGGGCCCUGUGACCUGUUAAUCAGUCGAGAUUACUCCGAGUUAUCAGAAGCGGAAACGGCCGCAGACGUUAGACGAUUUUUGCGAUCCCUGAUCGACGGGACAUUGCAUAAGUCCAUGUACAUCCAGGUGUACGGUCAACCUGAACGAUGUCCACCCAAACUUACCGACGUGCAAUACGCGGAGAUGCUGACUCGAGUCCUUGUGUGCAGAGUAUGGCGAGUCAUUGAUCUACUACCGCCUCCUGUUGCAGCUGUGCCCUCGGCGAUCGACGUUGGCGAUCUAGGCGACGGUUCGGAAACUCUUUCCACGUCCAUACCGAGUAUCGCGUCCGAUUGGAAUGAAAAAAUUGUCACUCUGACACAAUUGGACGUACAAGACCCAAUGGACUAUAGACCAUAUAUUCAUGUUUAG